AUGAAAACCCUGACACUGCUGGUGUGUGUCUGUGCCUUGAGUGCUUGCUUCUCAGUCAGUGAAGGUCACAAAACGCCAUGGAAAACACAUCACAAAAAGAAUAGUGUCCGACAACGUGUAGUACACCGCCAAUUACCAUUUCGUCCCAAACCUCAUUUAUUACUUAUUCCACAUAGAUACCAAAGGCCUUCUCACCCAAUCAGGAUAAGACCAAUGCCAAAACUUCCCUGGCUGCCUAAGUGUCCAGUUAAAAGUAGCACCGUGGUCAACAGCAACACUGCAGAGGCUACGACUCAAGUCCCAUCUUUGAGUCCCACAUCUACUUCCAACAAAACUACUGAAUCUCCAGGUGUGACUCCUUUUCCUCAGAAUCCUACCACCAUAGAUGAAAACAGGAGCUCUUCUUCAGCUACUCCAUCACUACAACCUUCCUCAACUCUGCCAGAGACCACAGCCGCCCCAACUACAUCGUCCUCAACUCUGCAAGAUAUCACAACCACCCCGCCUACAUCGUCCUCAACUCUGCAAGAGACCACAACCACCCCACCUACAUCUUCCCCUACUCCACAAGACACCACAGAAGCCCCACCUACAUCUUCCCCAGCUCCACCAGACACCACAGAAGCCCCACCUACAUCUUCCCUAACUACACCAGCACCACAACCUUCUUCAACUCCACUGGAGACCACAGCUCCCCCAAAUACCACACCCAAUCCAUCCCCAACCACUCUUGCACCUGGAACGUCCGAAACUACAGCCGCACCCACAACCCAAACUACUACUUCAGCCACUAUUCAGACUACUACUGUUGGACAAACCUCUGCUGUCACGCAAAAUCAAAAUGAUGCAAUCUGGCAAUUUUUUUAUGAGAUAUUUAAGUACAUUUCUUCUUUUAUACCAAAUAAAUAG